CUAUAUUUGGCGGUAGUGAUAAGAGAAAGGCAGAAGAUGCUGAAAUUAAGUUUCGACCUGUGGGAGAUGAGGGUGUUUUUGUAUUUGGUAGUAGUGUUAGUAAGACCUCCAUUGUCAAUGAGUGUGUGGCAUCAAAGCUCACACAUGAGACGGAGGUAAACAGUGAGAAUUUUCAGAAUCUUCCUCGUGCUGAAGCAAGUGAUGAUUUAAAUAACGUCAAUGUUAAUCCUGCAUUUGUGUUCAUUAGUGAUAAAAAGAAUUUUAACUCAUCUAAUGAAAAUUUAGAAACUAGUCAUGAUCAUGAAUCAGAAUAUACUGCUUGUACAUUUAAGACAGCUUUCAAGGAUAAUGCUAAUACUAGGAAUGUAGACCAUAUGACAUUUCAUACUACUUGCAAUAGGGAUAGUUCUGGAAUUGGAAAUUCUAGUUCAAAACUAUUUGAAUUUCAGGUUGGUGUGGGGAAGAGUUCCAAUUUGGGCCAGUUUUUUCAAGGAGUAGAGAAAGAUGUACGCCAGAACAGAGCUGCUGUACCAUCAGUUUCAUCACAUGGUCUCAGCUUGCAGGAAAACAGUAGUAUCUCUGGAGCAGCAUCCACUGAUGGAAUUGGAAAGAAUAAUGAAAAUAUUUCAACAAGCACUCCAGAAGUAUCAGGGGUGCCGUUUACUAAUUUUAACACACCUCAAUGGGAUCCUAAUUCCUUUAAAGCCAGUCUAUUUGUCGCAAUGAGUAGAAAACUGGAAUUCACUGGACGGGGUCCUUUACCCAAGGACAGAAAAUUGAAGAAAAUGAAAGGAAAAUCAAAGCAAUCUGCCCGAGAUAAGCAGCGGUUGCAAAAAGAUAAUGUAGUGAAGGAAGAAGAUUCCCAGGAAAACCCAAACUCUCCAGGAUAUUGCUCACCCAUGGAUUUUUCUCCAUAUCAGGAAACUGCAGCAGCUAAUCAAUUUUCAAAAGCAUCUCCUGAUCAGAGAUGUAGCAAGCCAAAUGAGAAGAGUCCUAGCUAUGAAAAGUUUUCAAGUGGUGAUUGUAAGUUGGAAACGUUUGGCUUUGGAUCUCAAACUUCAUGCUCCAGUAGUGAUGGUGGCGUUGCUGCAGCUGAAGAUGAAGAUCCCUUUGUCGCGCAGAGGGAAAGAGGAAAUUGUACAAUGCAAUUUUGUUUUGCUAUGGGUUCUGAAGACAAGAAAAGUUUUAUCUUUUCUUCAUCGUCGUCUGUGAAAGGUAGCAUAUCUUCGAGAAAGCAUCGCUCCCAAAAGAAAACUAGGACGAAACUUCGUAACAGUUCAGUAAAAGCUAUGCCAAGUCAAAAUGAUAAGCCUACCUCGUCAACUGCUCAUUCUUCGCCUAGUUCCAGUGUGUUGGACUCUGGUGAGUGUCAGAAGGAAGAUAAAUCUACUUCCCAAAGUGAAAUUGGAAAUAAAUCUGAAGCAGGUGUAAAAGUCGAGCAAGGGUCUACUGUGAUAUCUAUGAUUUCAGAAACUUGUGAGACUUGGCGACUCCGGGGUAAUCAAGCCUAUAGAAACGGCAAUCUGGCUCAAGCUGAGGUUUAUUACACGCAUGGAAUCAAUGCUGUACCUUCUAGUGAGAGUUUGGGUUGUUCUAUUAAGCCUCUUGUGCUGUGCUACAGCAAUCGUGCAGCAACACUAAUAUCUCUUGGAAGGCUGAGGGAAGCUUUAGGAGACUGUAUGACAGCUGUGACACUGGAUCCUAGCUUUCUUAAAGCUUACUUGAGAGCUGCAAACUGUCAUCUUGUGCUGGGGGAAGUUGAAAAUGCACUGCAGUAUUUCCAUAAAUGCCUAAAAUCUGGCGGUGAUGUGUGUUUGGAUCGCAGAACUACUAUAGAAGCUGCUAAUGGCUUGCAGGAAGCUCAGAGAGUAGUUGAGUGUACAACCCACGCCACCAAACUUUUGGAACAGAAAACAUCUGAUGCAACACUCAGUGCCUUGGAAAAAAUUGCUGAGGCUUUAACAAUUAGUUCAUGUUCAGAGAAAUUAUUACAAAUGAAAGCAGAGGCUCUUUUUGUCUUGCGAAGGUAUGAAGAAGUAGUUAAGCUAUGUGAGCUGACUCUCCAUGUUGCUGAAACAAAAUUUUCAUCAGUUAGUUCCCUUAACCCAUUACCAUCUGCUGAUGGUUUUGAUUCUGACAAUUAUUCCUUAGCAAGGGUUUGGAGGACGCACUAUAUAUCCAAGGCCUACUUUUAUAUGGGAAAGCUUGAGGUGGCACUUGAUUUACUUCAGAAGCAAGAGCAAGUUGGAUCUAUAAAUGACAAGCGUGGGAGUGGGAUUUUGGAAUCAUCACUAUCAUUAGCUGCUGCCAUUCGUGAACUUCUAUCCUCUAAGAAUGCAGGGAAUGAAGCAGUACGGUCACAAAGGUAUGCACACGCAAUAGAGCAUUAUACUGUGGCUUUAUCAAGAAAUGUUGAGUCACGUCCUUUCACGGCAAUCUGCUUGUGUAACCGUGCUGCUGCACACCAAGCUUUAGGCCAGAUUGUUGAUGCCAUUGCAGAUUGCAGUCUUGCCAUGGCUCUGGAUGGAAAAUAUAUAAAGGCAGUUUCUAGAAGGGCCACAUUACAUGAGAUAAUCAGAGACUAUGGACAAGCUGCUAGUGACCUCCGAAGACUUGUUGAUAUUCUUGAAAAUCAGUCUGACAAGGUCAAAUCACCAGGCUCUACUAUUGAAUCUGCUAACAGUUUAAAGGAAUUAAAGCAAGCUUGUCGGCGUUUGUCUGCAAUGGAAGAAGCUAAAAAGGAAAACCCUUUGGAUUUGUAUCUUAUUUUGGGAAUUAAAACAUCUGACACAGCCUCUGACAUUAAAAAGGCAUAUCGUAGAGCAGCACUUAAACACCAUCCAGACAAGGCUGGUCAAUUCCUGGCAAGAAGUGUAAGUGGGGAUGAGGGACAACUCUGGAGGGAAAUUGCACAAGAGGUCCACAAGGAUGCUGACAGGAUCUUUAAAAUGAUCGGAGAGGCAUAUGCAGUACUUUCGGACACCACUAAGCGUUCAGAGUAUGAUUUUGAAGAAGAAAUCAGAAAAGAGAGAGCGUCAGAGGAAACGUAUGGAAGCGGCCCUUUCAGAGGACCAUCAAAAGGAUACAGUUAUCAAUAUGAGAGAACCACCAACAGACGAAACUGGCGUGGAAGCCAGAAAACUUACAGUAAUCCACAUGAUUGGUGGUAGAAACUUAGAAAGAAGUUCUUAUCAAGUAUCAGGUUUGUGAAUUGCUGAUCAUUGAAAGAUUGCGGAGGGCAACUAAAAAAUUGCAUCUAACCUAGUGGAAGAUGAAUAAACGUAUAAUUGUUCCAUACAACAAAAGGGAAAAAGAGAGACUUUUCAAUCUUGAGAUUUGACAUUUUUCAUUGGUAGAUAAUAUAAGUGGGUCAAAUUUUAAGCUUA